AUGAGUCUGCUGAAAAUCAAGACCAACUACUUCAUCGUGUCGCUGGCGUUCGCGGACCUGCUGGUGUCGGUGUUGGUGAUGCCGUUCGGAGCCAUCGAGCUGGUCCAUCAGCACUGGAUCUACGGAGAGACCUUCUGCCUGGUCCGGACCUCUCUGGACGUGCUCCUGACCACCGCCUCCAUCCUCCACCUCUGCUGCAUCGCACUCGACCGGACACAGACCCAGCCUCUCUCAGGACACAGACCCAGCCUCUCUCAGGACACAGACCCAGCCUCUCUCAGGACACAGACCCAGCCUCUCUCAGGACACAGACCCAGCCUCUCUCAGGACACAGACCCAGCCUCUCUCAGGACACAGACCCAGCCUCUCUCAGGACACAGACCCAGCCUCUCUCAGGACACAGACCCAGCCUCUCUCAGGACACAGACCCAGCCUCUCUCAGGACACAGACCCAGCCUCUCUCAGGACACAGACCCAGCCUCUCUCAGGACACAGACCCAGCCUCUCUCAGGACACAGACCCAGCCUCUCUCAGGACACAGACCCAGCCUCUCUCAGGACACAGACCCAGCCUCUCUCAGGACACAGACCCAGCCUCUCUCAGGACACAGACCCAGCCUCUCUCACAGACCCAGCCUCUCUCAGGACACAGACCCAGCCUCUCUCAGGACACAGACCCAGCCUCUCUCAGGACACAGACCCAGCCUCUCUCAGGACACAGACCCAGCCUCUCUCAGGACACAGACCCAGCCUCUCUCAGGACACAGACCCAGCCUCUCUCAGGACACAGACCCAGCCUCUCUCAGGACACAGACCCCAGCCUCUCUCACAGACCCAGCCUCUCUCAGGACACAGACCCAGCCUCUCUCAGGACACAGACCCAGCCUCUCUCAGGACACAGACCCCAGCCUCUCUCACAGACCCAGCCUCUCUCAGGACACAGACCCAGCCUCUCUCAGGACACAGACCCAGCCUCUCUCAGGACACAGACCCAGCCUCUCUCAGGACACAGACCCCAGCCUCUCUCAGGACACAGACCCAGCCUCUCUCAGGACACAGACCCAGCCUCUCUCACAGACCCAGCCUCUCUCAGGACACAGACCCAGCCUCUCUCACAGACCCCAGCCUCUCUCAGGACACAGACCCAGCCUCUCUCAGGACACAGACCCAGCCUCUCUCAGGACACAGACCCAGCCUCUCUCAGGACACAGACCCAGCCUCUCUCAGGACACAGACCCAGCCUCUCUCAGGACACAGACCCAGCCUCUCUCACAGACCCAGCCUCUCUCAGGACACAGACCCAGCCUCUCUCAGGACACAGACCCAGCCUCUCUCAGGACACAGACCCAGCCUCUCUCAGGACACAGACCCAGCCUCUCUCAGGACACAGACCCAGCCUCUCUCAGGACACAGACCCAGCCUCUCUCAGGACACAGACCCAGCCUCUCUCAGGACACAGACCCAGCCUCUCUCAGGACACAGACCCAGCCUCUCUCAGGACACAGACCCAGCCUCUCUCAGGACACAGACCCAGCCUCUCUCAGGACACAGACCCAGCCUCUCUCAGGACACAGACCCAGCCUCUCUCACAGACCCAGCCUCUCUCAGGACACAGACCCAGCCUCUCUCAGGACACAGACCCAGCCUCUCUCAGGACACAGACCCAGCCUCUCUCAGGGCACAGACCCAGCCUCUCUCAGGACACAGACCCAGCCUCUCUCAGGACACAGACCCAGCCUCUCUCAGGACACAGACCCAGCCUCUCUCAGGACACAGACCCAGCCUCUCUCAGGACACAGACCCAGCCUCUCUCAGGACACAGACCCAGCCUCUCUCAGGACACAGACCCAGCCUCUCUCAGGACACAGACCCAGCCUCUCUCAGGACACAGACCCAGCCUCUCUCAGGACAAGUCUGA